AUGAGAAUCGGCUGUCUCCAGUUCGCCCCUGUUAAAGGGGAUGUCAAUAAUAACCUUGCCCGCGCAGACGGCGCUUUGCUCAAAUGCGACCCAAGUGAGCUAGCGGACUUAGAUCUUCUUGUCCUCCCCGAACUCGCGUUUUCCGGUUAUUAUUUCAAGUCCUUGAAGGAGAUAUUCCCCCAUCUAGAGCCUACUGGAGCUGGAAUCAGUAGUCUGUGGGCACGGACAAUCGCUCUCAAAUAUGGGUGUACCGUCGUGGUUGGCUAUCCAGAAAAGGUGGACAUGUCAAAAAACUGGCCCGCCUCUCCAGAGUACUACAACUCUUCUAUCAUAGUGAAUGCCGAUGGCGAAAUAGCGGGAGGGUACCGGAAAACCCACCUCUAUACCGUCGACGAGACGUGGGCACUGGAAGGCCAGGAUGGCUUCUUCUGCGGCGAUAUUGCGGGGGUCGAGAAUGUGACCCUCGGGAUUUCGACGGAUCUCGCGUUUGUCACCCUACACCGCCGCCCUAUCCAUCCCUUCUCCCUCAACAUGCUGGUAAGAGUAAUCUCACACUUAGCUAACACACUGCUUCACAGCCCGUAUCGGUUCCGCAGCGCCUUCACGGACCACGAGUUCGCCUUUCACGUCCUCAAUUGUCACUCGAAUCUUGUCGUCGUCUCCCUAGCUUGGCCGACAAGCCAGGAUGCUCACCUCUUUAGACGAGCACCUCAGGAGCCGGAUAUGGAAACCCUGAUGUACUGGAUGACCCGGCUCGGCCCCAUCAUUCAUCGGGAAACUGAUCAAGAGACCAUCGUCGUAUUCGCGAACCGGACCGGCGUCGACGACAAGAUAACCUACGCGGGGACAAGCGCGGUUCUUGGUAUUCGCGAUGGUGAGGUGAACGUUUACGGGAUCCUCGGGCGGUCGGACAAGGAAGUGUUGAUUGUUGAUACCAAUCAAGAGCCCUUGGGAAAACUUGUAUAUCGUCAAGACGGCCCUUUCGUCCAUGGGCAGACCGUGUACCCCACAGAGGAACAUCCAAAACUUGAACCUAGCCCGCCCCUCCACCGCCUCCUCCAGCACGUCCUCCUCGAGCAUCAUCGCAGACCAUACCAGGCACCCCCAGCCGGGCCAAGGCAAGUCCAGCAGUUGAGUCGACUUCGACACGAGUCAGGACAAAGGGGGCCAUGA